CCCAAUAGACGUGUUUUUUUUUUUCGAAGGCCACACAAUCAUGACAUUUUGCUGGAUGCUUUCACUUUGGAAAGCUCGAUUUAGGCAAUCAAGCUCACCAAUUAUUCUUGGCGAAAGCAAAACCAGAUAGUUUAUGCCGCGCAUCAACCUGCAAUGAUCGCCUGGAAAUCCGCGGGGUGGCGCUGGUGACGCGAUGUCCAACGAUGCGAUGGCAUCCAAACUUCGUCCACUACUGAAAAUGCCACCCAAAAGAUUGGCUGAAUGCCUUCUGGACUCUCCUGUCAAAACUAGAAGAAGUGCGAGACUCUGGCUGCUCGCAGAUACAUAUUCACAUUCAGAAACUGUGUCCCCAGCCAAGAUUGAAGUGAAACAGGAGCUAACAGAGGCAAAGGUCAAAGUCGAAUAUGAGGAGAAUGUUCUAUCAGGUGGCGCAGUAAGCACUUUCUAUUCACAGAUUGGCUCCAAUAUUUUUCAGCCUGUCUCGCCCAAACAUGUGACAGCCAAACAACCAAGAGACUGGGAUCUUAUAUAUAACGAGAUCGUGAAAAUGAGAGCGUUGAUUUCGACGCCGGUGGAUAGUUUCGGGUGUGAAAGGCUACCGAACUCGAUCACACCAGGCAUGUCGGCCACAGAUCCCAAAACCUAUCGGUUCCAGCUUCUUAUAUCACUCAUGCUCUCCGCGCAAACCAAAGACGAAACGAACUUCGCGGCCAUGAAGACACUCCAGGAACAUUUUGUAGGUAAAGGCCACCCUGGGAUCUGCCUAGAUGCCGUAAUAAGCUCGACCGAAGCGGAAAUUGACAUGUGUAUAGCGAAAGUUGGCUUCCAUCGCCGAAAAGCGCUUUACAUAAAGAAGUCGUGUGACAUUCUCAAGGAAAGAUUCGGCGGCGAAAUCCCGAAGACCAUAGAAGAAAUCGUGACGCUUCCAGGUGUGGGUCCGAAAAUGGGGCAUCUCAUACUUCAGAACGGAUGGAGCAUCAACUCUGGUAUAGGAGUUGACGUUCAUCUCCACCGCUUGGCACAGAUGUGGGGAUGGGUGCCGAAAUCCGAAAAACCAGAGUUGACAAGAACCACGUUAGAGGACUGGCUUCCUAAGCAGUACUGGGCAGAUAUCAACCCUCUUCUUGUUGGCUUUGGACAGACGGUGUGUGCGCCUAAAGCUAACAAUUGUGACGUCUGUUCAUUGGCAAACGGUCUCUGCAAGGGCGUAAAUCGUAAGUUGGUGAAUGCAAAGCUAACCGAGGCGAGACUCAAGAAGCUUUCCAAACAAAGAGGGGAUUUAUCUGGUUUGGUGAAGCGGAAAUUUGAACAAGACGCAGGAUGGUGA